UGUGGUGGCGGCAGCGAGAGACGAGUGAGCCCGGCGGCCGCGGGCAGGCCCGGAGGGAACGGAGGAAGCGGACAUGUCUCGCUACACGAGGCCCCCCAACACCUCCCUGUUCGUCAGGAACGUCGCGGACGCCACCAGGCCUGAGGACUUGCGCCGUGAGUUUGGUCGGUAUGGCCCUAUAGUAGACGUUUACAUUCCACUUGACUUCUACACCCGCCGCCCAAGAGGAUUUGCUUAUGUUCAAUAUCCUUUAUUUUACUUCAUAUUUGAAGAUGUUCGUGAUGCUGAAGAUGCUCUUUAUAACCUCAAUAGGAAGUGGGUAUGUGGCCGUCAAAUUGAAAUACAGUUUGCACAAGGUGAUCGCAAAACACCAGGCCAAAUGAAAUCAAAAGAACGUCACCCUUGUUCUCCAAGUGAUCAUAGGAGGUCAAGAAGCCCCAGCCAACGGCGAACUCGAAGUAGAAGUUCUUCAUGGGGAAGAAAUAGGAGGCGGUCUGAUAGCCUUAAAGAGUCUCGACACAGGCGAUUUUCUUAUAGCCAGUCUAAAUCUCGCUCCAAAUCACUACCAAGGCGGUCUACCUCAGCAAGGCAGUCAAGAACUCCAAGAAGGAAUUCUGGUUCUAGAGGACGAUCAAGGUCUAAGUCCUUAGAAAAAAGGUCCAAGUCAAUAGGAAAAUCACAAUCAAGUUCACCUCAAAAGCAGACUAGCUCAGGAACAAAAUCAAGAUCACAUGGAAGACAUUCUGACUCCAUAGCAAGAUCCCCAUGUAAAUCUCCUAAAGGGUAUACUAAUUCUGAAACUAAAGCACAAACAGCAAAACAUUCUCAUUUUCGAUCACAUUCCAGAUCUCGGAGUUAUCGUCAUAAAAACAGUUGGUGAACAACAAGAGAAGAGCGCUAGGUAGUCUUUAAAAUAAGUUAUUAAAACUCUCAUUAUGUUAAAUAAAAAUUCU